AUGGUACUCUUCAUACAAAUCCACAUUCAACAACUCUCCCCGUUCGUCGCCUUUUCGCCGUCCUGGAGCGCUGCUUCCCCUUUGACUUCACCAUCUAAACUCAAGCAUGCUUAUACAGUCUCGGAAGAGGAGGAAGACGAGAUCACAGUGUCAACACCGUCAAGAACGACCACGGAUCAGCCUUUCAGAAGAGCACAAACCGAACCUCCACCUUCACCAAUAGCACGCCAAUCACAACCAUCAUCGCCCUCAAAAUAUGAGGCGGGGCAGUUCCUGUCGACCAACUCAAAGACUUCAGCGAGUAGGGAGCCAAGAAGACUCGUGUCCAACGGCAUGCUAUCUCAAAACGAUAAUCUCUCAAAACUGCCACCGCAGCUCCUGCAUAACAUGCGCGAGUCCUUCUCUGUGCUCGACUCAAAUUCCAACGGUACAAUCGACGCCUCCUCUGUGGCGGAGACGCUGCAAUCCCUGGGACUGCACGAAAGCAAUCUGUCUCAAUUCUUCCCACCAGGACAGCCGCAACAGAUGUCCCUUCCGCAGUAUCUCAAUCAGCUCGCCAAUAUAUUGGUGGGGUUAUCACCCCAACAAGAGCUGCUCAAUGCUCUGUCUGCCUUCGACGACGAUGACAGCGGACAAAUCGAUGUUGCAGAGCUUCGCGCGGCUUUAAUGAGCACAGUACCAGACCCGGGUGAACGACAACUGACCGCAAAGGACAUCGACCGAGCAAUGGAAGGUUUCACGGGAAGGAGGAUUUUGGGCAAAAAUGUGAUUGGAAUCGCAGGAGUGCGAGGCUUGAAAGACCCUGCUCCAAAGAAAGGAGGCGAUGUGUUUCGUUACCAGGAGUUUGUGGCGAAUCUGACAGGCGGACCUGCAACAGACUCGGUGCAUCCGCAGGGUGUUUCCUCGCGGUAA